AUGGCACAACCACAACCCAAUAGAUUCCUUGUUGCAUACAAUUCCAUCUCAGCGUCAUUAUGGUCUGUUGUGUUGUUCAACACCGUAUUUCUUUCAUUUACAUUGGGUCAACCAUUUGUAUACACCAAAACUAAUCUUAUCACCACUGGAAUUCAAUCUUUUGCCGUGAUUGAGAUCAUCAAUGCUGCAAUGGGAUUGGUAAAAUCUCCGUUGUUUACCACUGUCGCCCAAGUGUUUUCUAGGUUGCUAAUUGUGUGGGGUAUUCACCAGUACUUGCCAAAUUCACCUGCGAACUACCACUGGACAUAUAUCACAUUGUGUUUGAGUUGGUCCAUAACUGAAAUCAUUAGGUACUCAUAUUAUGCUCAACAUUUGAGAAAUGAUGUUCCUGAUUGGUUAACUUGGCUACGUUACACUACUUUUUAUGUAUUGUAUCCAACGGGUGUUUUCAGUGAAGUGUAUCAAAUUGUGUUGUCACUUGAUGAUGCUGGUUUUUACUACAAUUUGUUCUUGAAAGUUAUCUUGGUAACUUACAUCCCAGGUUUUUACAUGCUUUAUACUUAUAUGAUCAAGCAAAGGAAAAAGGUUCUUGGACCACACAAGGUUAAAAAGAAUUAG